AUGCGUGUGCUUUUGUGGUUAGGUCACUCACAUGACGUAGCGUACGAAUAUGUGCAAGAUCCAGCACUUGUGCAACAAUUGCAACAAGUUCAACAACAAAACGCUUAUUUACUACACGAAUAUGAGAAAUUCCGGCAGGAUAUAGCUGCCCGAGAAAUCCACUCUUUCAACAAUUUGCAACGACAUGACCAAAAGGGAGCCGAGGAACUAAUUCGUCUAGCAUCGCAAACAGUUCCACUUCAGCUAGAUGGUGGUCGCAGCUUUGGUUUUUUCGGUUUGACAUCAACCGGCAAGAGCACAAUGAUUAAUAAACUUCUCGGAUCAGACUUAGCAAAGACAGGCGCAGGCGAAACGACCAGACAGAUUACAUCUUAUGAUGGAUCGGGUUAUCGGUUGUAUGAUAUCCCGGGACGUAACGACGAUAUUUCCUACUUCAGCAUGGAAUAUGUGGCAUUUUGGAAGGCAUUAACCAAUCGACUCAUAUUAAUUACGACCACCGUCAAAGAAAUGGCCAAAGUCUUUCGCUUGCUCGAUGCCAUUAAUUUACGAUAUGAUAUUGUAGUGAAUAAGUUUGAUUUGGUUGCAGUCAACGAAAGAGAUACAUUUAAGCAGCAAGUCCAGAAUCAAAUUCGUGAAUGUGGUCUUCGUGGCGUCGAUCAUGUCUGGUAUAUCAAUGCGCAGAAUCCUCGACAAUUUCCUGACUGGUUGAUGAUGGUCGAUAGUUUGACGAUUACCUUCAACGAGAAUCGCAGCACUACAUAUGUGUAUGCACUUGAUGCAUAA